GUGUGUGCAGCUGCAGCAGAAAGAUGGAGGCGUUCUUUAAUCUCUUUAAGAGGAAAGUUGAGACUGAUGGCCCCAGGACCGUCAACAUAUACUUGGGAUUUUUUCUGAUGGUCAAUCUUGUAUUGGGUACCGGGUUCCUCUCUAUUCCCUACGGAUUCUACAGCUCCGGCGUCCUUCCUAGCAUCAUUACCUUGCUGUUCAUUAGCUGUCUCUCGUGGCUCUGUGCUAUUUGGGUUGUGGAGACCAUGGCAAGGGCACAGGGAUACAACGACUACAAAACUUCUGGGACAACUCAGGAAUCCAAACAGGCCCUACAUUUUUAUAUAACUCCAAUUCGAAAAUUUGAGCCAACAGAAAUGUGCGACUUAUUCAUUGGGCGUUGGAUGAAGAUAGUCUAUGCCAUCAUGUUAGUCACUAUCAUAUUCUUUGCUGCGAUGGCAUACAGCACUGUCGCCGGCUCUGCAUGGUCUGUCAAUAUUCCGUUUAAUUUUGGGAACUUGAGGCAGUGUCGCGACGAUGACUUUAAAGACAACGUGUUUCCAGAAGACGAAGGGUGUGGCAAUGCGUAUCGCUUUUGUGUCUUCGUAUUUGCAUGCAUUGUUUUAUUUCUAUCAGUGCUACCACUUAAAGAGCAGCUCAUUGUUCAAGUGAUACUGGGUUUAUUACGCUUCACUGCCAUCGGUGCCAUUGUCAUAUACUGCCUGGUUCAUUUGUUUGGUGGCAAUGUCAUUGAGAACUGUAACAAUCCACUUUAUGAACCUGAAUUUGACAUAGUAAACGUUUCUGACUUCUCAUCAAACUUCUCAUUGAACUUUACCUAUUCCAUGUUCAAUUCAACCGAGACUCUUAAAGAAGUGUUCCUCAGUUUUGAUGGAAAGAGUUGGAUGGUAUCCAUUUCUAUUUAUUCGUACGCUCAUAUCCUCCAUCAGGCUAUACCAGCCCUUACUCAUCCUAUAAAAAAGAAGGAGUGGCUACGAGGCUACUUCAAUGCUCUAUUCCUAACAUUGGCAUCAAUGUACUUGAUAAUGGGCAUUGCUGGAUCAUUCUGGUUCCGAGACUGCAUUAAUGAGACCUGCACUUUAAAUUGGGAGCCACUCGCUAGGCCUGGGAAUGCAAAAGCUCUUCGUGCUUUAUCAUAUUUUAUUGUUUUAUUCCCAAGUAUUGACGUCCUGUCAGCUUUCCCACUGGUAAUAAUCACUACAGUCAACAACAUUUACACUGUGAUACUGGGGAGAGAUACUACUAAGGAUACGCACAUUAAAUUUUACAUUCUUCAAUUUUUCAUGAAGCUCUUGGUUGCUACUCUACCUCUGGCUGUGGCAAUGUUUGUGGCUAAUCUUGUGACGGUUAUUAAUUAUGCUGGUCUAAUCGGUUUUUUCAUUUGCUUUUAUUUUCCAGUCAUACUACAGCUAGCUUCUCAAUGGAAGUGCUAUAACGUUUUCUCUGCAGCUAAUGGGACUAGUAUCAACUGUACUAAAAUUUUCUCUGAUACAUCAUCAGUUGGCGAUAAAUCUCCAUUGAUUUCUCAAAUCGGCCACGAAAACCUUCGAAAGCGUCUUUUGUCCUUUUUUCUUUCAAGGCAAUCAGACCUUUAUAAAACACCUUAUUCUCUCCCUUACCUUAGCUCACCACUUUGUGCAUUGAUUGUGGGUAUUAUUUCCUCCACAUUUAUAGUUAUUACUAUUGUAAGUCUUGCUAUCUAAUUUUUUGUUUUUUAAAAGUUA